UGGUUCGUUUAUUCUUCGUUAAAUAAUUAGUCAUCUGAAACAACAACAACAACAACAAUCUUCUAAAACUCAUCUAAAUUCGAAGUACCAUCAUCUGAAAGCAAAACCAUUUUUCUUGCCUUAGUAGUUAAAAAUGUGCAACACAGGCGUAGGUAUAAGCAUUGCCUCCUCACAUCAAAGCUUCCUUACAAACACCCUUACUCCAUUAACAACCUCAAAUUUCAGAACCCUUCAUCCUUCUAGUACUUCACUUAAAACCAUCUAUUGCAGCAGUUCCCAACAAAAGUCUCCAACUCCUCCAAGUAAAAAUGAAAACAAGUUAGCAAAGUUGGCAAUAGCUGCACUGGCUGCCGGGGUGUUAACACUGGGCUCAGUUCAUGAUGCAUCAGCUGCCAAAUCUGGUGGUAGAAUUGGAGGUCAGUCCUUCAAGUCAUCCGCGCCUCGCUCCGCACCAAGAAUCAACAACAAUUCCAGGACCAAUACAUAUGUCAAUCCUCGAGUGGCACCUCCCCUAGUCGGUGGAUAUGGCUAUGGUUAUGGUGUGCCUUCGUAUGGUGGCUGGGGAUGGUCUCCAUUUUCUUUCUUUGCACCCGGUCCCAGUGUAGCUGUAGGCGUUGGAGGUGGAUUUGAUACUAUAGUUCUGUUUAUGCUACUUGGUGCUGGUGCUGCAGUUGUGAGGAGAUUCUUCAGGUCAAAAAAUGAUGAUGAUGAUGAUGACUACUAGCAGUACAGGAAGGUUUUAAAUACUUGUAUAGAGAGUAUUAAAUACAUGUUUAAAGGAAUUGUAGUGUGACCAUGGUGACCAAGUAUUUGAUCUAUUUUGAGAUACUAUAAUUGAAACAGAAGCAAUCUUGUUUCUAAUGUAGAAAUCAUCUCUCCAACCCCAUGACUCUCAAAGCAUGAGAAUUGCCUGUACUGACUACUACAAUGAAAUGGUGCCUUAUGCUGCUAUACAUUUCAGUACCCAAAAAAAACAGUGCUGCUAUACAUUUAGUUUUCAUUUUCAUCAUUA